AUGGCGAUCGCUUCUAAAACUAUAACAGGCUUAAACAUCACUGCAGAAGUUCUGAACAAAACUCGAAGGAUUCUCAGAGGUACCGAAGCUGGAGAUUCAAAGCCGUUUAUGGUAUAUUUAAGGCCUGCGCGGGAAGCUGACUCAGUGGUGGAUCGCAACUGGCUGUGUGGAGGAGUCAUUAUACAUGAAAAUUAUAUCUUGACGUCUGCCGCCUGCAUUGAGAAUAUUGGUCACUUCUAUGUCGUGUCUGGUACACACAGAUGGAUACCGCCCGGCGUAGAUGACGAUUGUAUUAAGAAUGGCGCUAUGAAAGCGGUCUGGAAGUGUGUUCCUGCCAAUUACGAAUACGACGGUGAUCAGUUCGAGAACAUUCGGUGGAUGAUCAACGAUAUCGCGGUUGUCAAAGUGGAAGACAAAUUCAAUUUCCACCGUCGUGUGGUCGGCUGCGAGUACUCGCCUAAGAGGAUACAAUUUAAUAACAAAAGCAUCGACUUAGAGGCCCCGGGCACUAUGGGUACUCUCGCUGGAUGGGGAUCACAGAAUACCUUCGGCGAUCCAAUACAGGCUCUUGAGAGGCAGACGAUCAACUCGCCAGUGCUGAUGGAGACGACCACGAUGGUGCUGAGCAAGGCGCACUGCAAGCGGCGCUGGCCGGAGAGGUACCACUACAUCAUUGAGAAGUCUAUGAUCUGCGCCAAGGAUUCCGUCAGUGGAGGAGAUUUCGCAGGUCUUUGUAACAAUAAAGUAAAAUGCAAGGAACUGGUGGACUCGCAGGAAGACUACGGCAUCAGAAGAUCAGACCAGCAAGCAGAAGGCGAUGUUCACAACGCGGCGCACUCCGACCCUACAGGACACAGGAGGGCUAAGUUAUCUACAGGAGGGUUCUGUGAGAACGACCAUGGAGGGCCGCUGGUGGUGGGCCACGGCAACAGCGCGACAGUGAUCGGCAUCAUCUCCGCCUGUCUCACUACCAACCUCACCCGCAAGUGCUAUGGCCCCUUCCUCUACACCAGCGUCUUUAACAACCACCUCAUGAUUACUUGCGCAGUCGACAAGGAAGUCUCCCCUGUUUGUCGGAGUUACGUAUUCAGAGCCACAAACACGAAAAUGAUCGAAACGACGUAUUCGUGGAUUGGACAUCCUGAUGGGCCUGCAAAAUCUGAGCUUGUGCCGAAAUAUAGAAGAGACACAAACGAAAGCACAGAAAAUCUUAGUGAUAAAGAGUUUCUUAAUUAA